UGGAUGAUGGUGGGCUAAAGUGCCCUUAUCACCCCCGCCCUUCAUAUUUUGCCUCUGUCUUACAAGAGUCUUCUCUCUGUUUCUCUGUCUUUCUCUUAUGUCUUGCAUUUUUUCCUCCUCAUCAUCUUCAUCCUCGUCUUCUUCUUCCUCUCUGACUAAGAAACACGGUUUGUUUUUCAACAGUACCGUUUAUCCUCCUUAAUUAGACCCCUUGUUUUCCUGGCUUCCUUUCUUGAUCACCAUCAUCUAAACCAUCACCAUCAUCAUCAUCUUCAUCAUCAACGAUAAUCAUUACUGAGUUCAAAUUUAAUCAUUAAUUGAUUACCUCUGAAAGUAUUUAAAAGUCGGCAAAGAAAUACAAAAAAAAACGUUUCAACUUUUACCUCUUAUCAACCCGAUCAACUUAAUCAUCCUUAUUUACUCUAAUCAUUUGACUAAUGAAACGUAUAGUUUUCCAGCUCUCUCAACUUCUUUAAAGUCUUUUUUUAUUUAAUCAUUUCUGUCAAAUUGUUUCUAAUUUAAAAUUAAAAGGCAAGACUGCUUGUCAAUUAAACUAGUUAAAUGUUACUUCAUCAAAUUUGGAUAUUUUAUAUAGUGAUUUGCAUCUCAUCUUGGUUACCCAGUACCAAUCCAUCUAUUUCACUGUCUUCACCAUCAUCAGUGUCAUCAAAUUCAUUUUCCAAAUCAUCUUUAGAUGAACCAUCAUUAUUUUUACCUGCAUCAUCUUUUACAUUUUCAUCACCUCUAGAAAUUCAUUCAAUAAAUGAUGACGAUGAUCCUAAAAGCAAUCAACUUAAUGGAGAAACUCAUCGCACACGAUUUACUAGAAGUUAUCGUAACUUCGGUCAUCCCAGAGUUGACUUUAAUAUCCCAUCAAAUUUAGUUCUUGGGGAAAAUACAACAGCUCAAGAGUCGGGUCCAUGGUCACCAUGGUCAGAGCCAAGUCGAUGUUCACGUCCUUGUGGGGGUGGAGUGCGAUCUCAGAAAAGAUUCUGUACAGAUACAGAUGCAAUGGGAAGAUCGACGUGUACCGGGCCCGAUACUCGUUAUUAUUCGUGUAAUAUUCAACCAUGUCCAGAACCAGUUGAUUUUAGGACUCAACAGUGUUCAAUGUUCAACAAUCAAUCAAUACCUUUAACUAAAGGUAGGUUAAAUAAAAUUGAAUGGGAACCUUACACAAGUCGAUCAGCCGAUAGAAGAUCUGAUGAAGAUCUUUGUGCUCUUAAUUGCAAACCUAAAAAUGGUACAUGGUAUACUAGAUUAAUGGAGCGAGUUAUUGACGGCACUAAAUGUUUACGUGAAACGGAUUGGAUGUCUGGUAUUUGUGUCGCUGGAAACUGUUUACCGGUUGGCUGUGAUGGUCUUUUGGGUUCACCUGCAGUAGAAGAUAAAUGCCGGGUUUGUGGUGGUGAAGGAAAAGAUUGCAGUACAGUACGAGAAUUUUUCUCUGAAAAUUUACCAGCAGGAUAUCAGGAUAUUGUCCUUAUUCCGAGAGGAGCAACUUAUAUAAGAAUCCAAGAAUUGACACCAAGUCGUAAUUUCUUAGCCGUCCGUGACUCUUCUGGUCGUUAUUAUCUCAAUGGACAUUGGACAUUUGAGAUGACAUUAACAGAUUUCGAAGCUGGUGGGACUCGUUUUGAAUAUGUUAAAAGGCCAGCGUCAUCUCCAACAGGUGCUAUCACUGAAAGUUUAUAUGCAUUGGGUCCUCUCCGAAGUCCAUUAUAUAUUCAAAUGGUAUACCAGGAAAAUACAGCAGGGAUCGAAUAUGAAUACUCUGUUCCAUCUAAUAUACCAGUUCCAUCAAUAUGGGCCCCUGCUGAUGCAUAUCAAUACAUGCUUGGAUCAUAUGGAACAUGUUCAAGAACUUGUGGUAAAGGUGUUCAGAUUCGGCCUGCACGCUGUUUCCGUCUAAAGACUGGUGAAUUUGUACCAUUAGAGCUUUGCUCAAAGGAAACAAUGCCUGAAUUAAGUCGACCUUGUAAUGAAAUUGAUUGUCCACCCGCUUAUCACAAGGGUAAUUGGUCUUCGUGUAUCUGUCCUGGUAUCAAAACGCGAUCAGUGUUUUGUGAAGAAGUUCGUGGAACAGGUGAAAGAUUAGUUUUAGACGAUUCAAAAUGUGGUAGUGAGCCUAAACCAAAUUCAGUUUCAUCAUGUCCACCUGAUGAUUGUUAUGAGUUGAACAAUAUAGUGGGCAAUCAAACUGAAUCAUCUAUAGAAUAUAAAUGGAAUACAACAGAGUGGUCAAAUUGUUCAUCUCAAUGUGGUCAAGGUAAACGAUCUAGAGAAGUUACAUGCGUUGACUUGAAUAGUACAAGAGUUCAUGACAGUCUAUGUCCAUCAAAUGAGCGACCAGAAUCAGAAGGAGUUUGUGCCUCGGUGCCUUGUGAAGGUGGUGUUGGUUGGGUUAAAUCUGAAUGGUCAAAUUGUAGUGAGCCUUGUGGUCCAAUGAUGUCUACACGAAGUGUUAUUUGUGCAGGUACUGAUGGACUAAUUUAUGAUGAAACCGUUUGUGGACUUGAAGAAAAACCCACGGAAAGACGUAACUGUACCGAAAAUCCUGGCUGUGAUUAUUCAUGGUUCACAACUGAUUGGUCAUCAUGUUCAGCAUCAUGUGGAAGUGGUCUUCAAACUCGCCAUGUUCUUUGUGGUUUAUUUGAUGAUGAUUCCAUAAAAGUUGACGAGUCAAGAUGCGCUAAUAAGUCUAAACCAAUAUCUGUACGAACAUGUCGUGCUCCAGUCGAAUGCUCAGGUACACUAUAUGAGGGCUCAUGGGGACCAAAUCAAUGUGGUGAUGAAGAAAGAAUCUUACUUUGUUUAACCACAACAAACAAAACUGGAGGCAAGUUACCACUAGAAAAAUGUAAUGUGACAGCCGAAGAGAUAGUUAGUUAUGACAAAAAUAUUACUUUAACUUGCAACUUAACCUUAACCAACAACGAAACCUUAACCGGUAAUGCAACCUUAACCGGCAACGAAACCUUAACUGACAACACAACUUUAACCGAAAACGCAACUUUAACCGAAAACGCAACUUUAACCGAAAACGCAACUUUAACCGACAAUGGAACCUUAACCGACAAUGGAACUUCAACCGACAAUGGAACCUUGAUCGGCAGCGAAACCUUAACUGGAAACGCGACCUUAACUGACAACGAAACCUUAAACGGCAACACAACUUUAACCGGCAAUGCAACCUUAACUGACAACACAAUCUUGACUGGAAAUGAAACCGUAACUGCCAAUUCCAGUAAACCAAUUCCUGAUGAAAACAUUGAAGGGUCUGGUUCAACGGAAAUUAAUUUGGGAGUUGAAGGAUCUGGAGACGGCGAUGGAAGUGCAUUGACGAUAUCUUAAUAUUCAUCUAUUCUUAUUAUGCAUUUAUGUUAGUUUUAAGGACUUAUUUAAAGUCAAUUCGGUUUUUAAAGUUCUAUAACCUUCAUUUAUUCAAUCCAAGAAAAAAUAUUUCAUGCUCUGAACUUUGAUUAAAUAAAGAAAUGAAUAAAUUGGAA